GAUGUACAACUGUUCACUUCCGGUUUACAUGGCACAUGCAAUUCCAGUAAGAUUUAAACUUGUUGUAGCGGUCAUUGUUGAGAAUGAGUGUUAGUACCAACUGACAGAACAGGUCCGAGUAAUGUCUGUCUUUUAAACACACCGUUAUCACAGCACAUUUGUGGAUACUGUGAGCUAUCAGACGUAACUGACUGACUGUCAGUGAAGUGCAGACCUGUUCUCUCAGCCUGUAGGUUUGUUUACGUCUCUACAUUCCAUUCCCUAGUAUUCAGUUCAGGAGACUGUCUUGGGACUGAAUGACAUCCGUGGGUGUUUGUUCUUGUUAUUUCCAUCAUGUUAACUCACAGUGUCAAAAAUGUCCUGAGAAGGCGACUUGGUUUAUUAAAACUCUCAGAAGGCUAUGAAACACUGGUUCUGCAGCACUUCAGAGGAUUAUGUGAUGCAUCACCGAGUGUGGAACAAGUCAAGUCUCUGCUGCAGUUAUAUGUCAACAGACAUUACAUUUCACCCGGUCAAACCAACAUAGACCUGUUUCAGCGUGGGGUGAAGUGCAGCUAUGGACCUCUGGGUAUGGAGCUGAGGAGAAACCUGCUGGACCAAUGGUGGGACUCUGUGACUAGGUCCAGAGAUCAAGUGUUUGGAGUGAACACCCUGAGCUGCAGUCAGGACAGACCAACACAGGGACCAGAUCUGCUCAAGGUGGUUGAGUCUGAAAAGCUAAAACAAAUACUCGACCAACAAGAGCUGAGCAAAGAGCAACUGAUCCAGAAGGUCCAUGUACUCCUGCAGAAGUCAGCAUCACUGAGAACAAACUUUCUCCAAGGUGCUUUGGAACAGUUUGUUCCCUCUUUGGAACUAGUGAAUAGGAAGCUGCCCUUUGGUCUGGCAGAGACUGGUCUGUGUUUCCAACCCGCUGAUGGCUCUGAUUGCCCAGCUGAAGUCACUCAGACAUCUCUGGUUUGGUUCUGCUCUCCUCGUACAUCAUCCCAGUGGUUGGAUCACUGGGCUCGACAGAGACUCAAGUGGUGGAGAAAAUUUGCCCUGUCUCCAUCAGACUUCAGCAGCAGCGACAUCCCAGAGCAGGAACUAGAAGAGGUGGCUUCCCGUGGAGUGAAGAUCACCUACAACUUCCCAUGGGGGGUGGACACCCUGGAGACACUGUGGAGCCGAGGAGACGCUGAGCUGCUGCAAAUGCAUAAUGGAGUCCGCUCGAAACUUCAGUGUCGAGAUGGGCGGAAGUCGGUUCCUCACGUCGUGUCUGUAACAGGAAAUAUGGACCGUGGUGUGAUGGCCUUUCUGUCCAAUUCACUGCAGAAGCUGAGGAGAGAAGACAGCAAGCAGAGGCUGCAUCAGAGAACGGUUCUUAAGUUGCAUCCCGUUUUAGCUCCAGUUAAAGUGGCUUUAGACAUCAGCAGGGGAGCCACCAUGGAGCUGCGACAGGUUUGUGAAGGCCUGCUGCUGGAGUUACUAGAAGCUGAGAUCUCUGCAUGGCCUGGGUAUCUUGAAACUACACCAACAUCAAUGGAACAGCUUAAUGCUAAAUACGACGAGAUGGGAGUGCUGUUCACUGUGGUGAUCAGUGAGAACACACUGGAGAGUGGCCUCCUUCAGGUCCGCAGCAGAGACACAACUAUCAGAGAGACUAUGCACAUCUCUAACAUAAAAGACUUUCUCUCCAAAUAUAUUUCUGCAGCAGACAACAUCUAAAUUGACUUUUGUUUAUGGAUGUCGGAAUAUUGUACUGCCUAAAUUCCUUGAGAAGCUACGGAAACUGUGAGGAACAUUUCACUGUAGGGGUGUAGUAGUAGUGGAUCUCAUGAAGAUGACAGUGGAUCAAGUGCAAUAAUAAAGGACUUGAAAUGUU